UUGGUGGUCAUCAUUUGCUGUGUCAUCAUAGUGCUCUCUGAUUGGUGGUCAUCAUUUGGUGUGUCAUCAUAGUGCUCUCUGACUGCUUAUAGCCUCCUAACUAGCUGCAAUGCUGCACAGCUUGAAAACAUAUGUCUCUCAUGAGGAAUGGUGUCUCCUGUCCUAUGAUGACCAUUUCCUCUUUACACCUCACCCAUUUAUUUGGUGAAAUCAGAAUCACUUCCUUUGUAUUGUUUAGACAUAUUAUCUUAAAGCCAAAAGUACACUUUAUAAUAUGCAAAUCAAUGAAGAAGAUAAAAUAAAUCAAAUCAAAUAGUGUUGACUUGGACAAAGAUCUGCUCUUGUGGAUUAUAAACCAACAGUUUGGGACAUAACAUAUUAUGUGGAUCAGAGUGUUCCACCUAGUAACACAGCCCCCUCCAUGCUCCCUCUUUAUCAGAUCUACCCAACUGAGAGCUGUGCUGUUGGAAUGAAAAGAACCAUUGUUGCCCCGGGAAGCACAACUCCAUGACAACUAGCCACAUUGGCUGCUUUUAACGGAGCCCUUCUCUCUGUAGGGGUAGAGAGAAUCAGAUAGAAAGGGGAAAGGAAAGCACAAGUGAGUGGUCUGAGAGCCCUAAAGCAGACCAGGGACUCUUUUGUGUGUUGUGAUGCAGAUGGAGAAACUGUGUUGUACACUCUUAGAAAAAAGGUGCUAUCUAGAAUCUACAAGGGUUCUUCGACUGUCCCCAUAGGAUAACUCUUUGAAGAACCAUUUUUGGUUCCAGGUAGAACCCUUCCCAGAGAGGGUUCUACAUGGAAUCCAAAAGAGUUUUUACCCGGAACCGAAAAGGGUUCUACCUGGAAUCAAAAAGAGUUCUCCUAUGGUGGCAGCCAAAUAACCCAUUUGGAAGUCGUUUUUCUAAGUGUGUAGUGUAUUCUGUACUGUGCUGUUUCUGAGCCCUUGGCUGUACUCUCCUCCUGUCUUCACCGUACGGCCGAGCCGACCAACCAACCGCUGACGAAGCAGCUGUGGCAGAACAACGUGACAUCACUCAGAGUGAUGUCAGCACAACACAACCCAGCCAGCUGCUGAUGAGGCAUCAGAGAGAACCCUGAUUCUACUGCAGUAUAGAAUCUACCUGGCCCCUGAUUCUACUGUAGAAUAUAAUCUACCUGGCCCCUGAUUCUACUGUAGAAUAUAAUCUACCUGGCCCCUGAUUCUACUGUAGAAUAUAAUCUACCUGGCCCCUGAUUCUACUGUAGAAUAUAAUCUACCUGGAACCUGAUUCUACUGUAGAGGUGUUCUAUAGUAUAGAGACCGGCAUGUUCUAUAAACACUCCUGGACUGUCCUCCAGGAUCCUAUGCCUGCCUCUCCUCAUGUCAUAUAACAGGAAACAUCCGAGCCUUGGUUGUGCAGUGGAGUAUAGUAUAGAAUCUAUACCCUCCUGGACACUCUCUCCUGUUCCAUCCCCUCUGCUGCUAUUAUGGAUUCAAUACCCUCCUGGUUCUGCAAUGGAGGACAUUCUAUACCCUCCUGGUUCUGCAAUGGAGGACAUUCUAUACCCUCCUGGUUCUGCAGUGGAGGACAUUCUAUACCCCCCAUGGUUCUGCAGUGGAGGACAUUCUAUACCCUCCUGGUUCUGCAGUGGAGGACAUUCUAUACCCCCCAUGGUUAUGCAGUGAAGGACAUUCUAUACCCCCCAUGGUUCUGCAGUGGAGGACAUUCUAUACCCUCCUGGUUCUGCAAUGGAGGACAUUCUAUACCCUCCUGGUUCUGCAGUGGAGGACAUUCUAUACCCUCCUGGUUCUGCAGUGGAGGACAUUCUAUACCCUCCUGGUUCUGCAAUGGAGGACAUUCUAUACCCUCCUGGUUCUGCAAUGGAGGACAUUCUAUACCCUCCUGGUUCUGCAAUGGAGGACAUUCUAUACCCCCAUGGUUCUGCAGUGGAGGACAUUCUAUACCCUCCUGGUUCUGCAGUGGAGGACAUUCUAUACCCCCAUGGUUAUGCAGUGAAGGACAUUCUAUACCCCCCAUGGUUCUGCAGUGGAGGACAUUCUAUACCCUCCUGGUUCUGCAAUGGAGGACAUUCUAUACCCUCCUGGUUCUGCAGUGGAGGAAAUUCUAUACCCUCCUGGUUCUGCAGUAGAGGACAUUCUAUACCCUCUUGGUUCUGCAGUGGAGGACAUUCUAUACCCUCCUGGUUCUGCAGUGGAGGACAUUCUAUACCCUCCUGGUUCUGCAGUGGAGGACAUUCUAUACCCUCCUGGUUCUGCAGUGGAGGACAUUCUAUACCCUCCUGGUUCUGCAUUGGAGGACAAUCUAGACCCCCUGGUUCUGCAGUGGAGAACAUUCUAUACCCUCCUGGUUCUGCAGUGGAGGACAUUCUAUACCCCGAUGGUUCUGCAAUGGAGGACAUUCUAUACCCUCCUGGUUCUGCAGUGGAGGACAUUCUAUACCCCGAUGGUUCUGCAGUGGAGGACAUUCUAUACCCUCCUGGUUCUGCAGUGGAGGACAUUCUAUACCCCGAUGUUUCUGCAGUGGAGGACAUUCUAUACCCCCUAUGGUUCUGCAGUGGAGGACAUUCUAUACCCCCAUGGUUCUGCAGUGGAGUACAUUCUAUACCCCCCAUGGUUCUGCAGUGGAGGACAUUCUAUACCCUCCUGGUUCUGCAGUGGAGGACAUUCUAUACCCUCCUGGUUCUGCAGUGGAGGACAUUCUAUACCCCCCUGGUUAUGCAGUGGAAGACAUUCUAUACCCUCCUGGUUCUGCAGUGGAGUACAUUCUAUUCCCUCCUGGUUCUGCAGUGGAGUACAUUCUAUUCCCUCCUGGUUCUGCAGUGGAGUACAUUUUAUACCCUCCUGGUUCUGCAGUGGAGUACAUUCUAUACCAUAGAGAUUAGAUAUCACUAUGUUUUAUACCCUCCUAGACCCUCCUCAAGUCUCUGCUCCAGUCACUCCUCCUGGACCUUCCUCAUGUCACGUGACUUAACAGGAAAGUGCUGUGUUCUAGCCAGAGACCCUCGAACCCCAAAUCCCCACCUUCUAUCCCCGGAAACCAUCCAGUUUGCCUCUCUGUGUGAAGUUUAACAGAUCAUGGCAAGGAUGGAAAGGGCGAUGACGUUCUCCACCUACCUAGUGCCCCCACCUCCACCUCUACCUACCACACCUUACAGAACACCGACCUACAGAACACCGACCUACAGAACACCGACCUACAGAACACCGACCUAUAGAACACCGACCUAUAGAACACUGACCUACAGAACACCGACCUAUAGAACACUGACCUACAGAACACCGACCUAUAGAACACUGACCUAUAGAACACUGACCUACAGAACACCGACCUAUAGAACACUGACCUACAGAACACCGACCUAUAGAACACUGACCUACAGAACACUGACCUAUAGAACACUGACCUACAGAACGCUGACCCACAGAACACCGACCUACAGAACACCGACCUACAGAACGCUGACCCACAGAACACCGACCUACAGAACGCCGACCUACAGAACACCGACCUACAGAACGCUGACCCACAGGGCUAUCUUCAAUGGGCUCUUAAAGGGCUUCAGUGUAUUGAACCAGAACAAGGCCUAGGUUAGAGUUAUGGGUCUGUAAUGUAUUGAACCAGAACAAGGCCUAGGUUAGAGUUAUGGGUCUGUAAUGUAUUGAACCAGAACAAGGCCUAGGUUGAACAUUAUUACCACAGGUUCAAUAUGAUGUUAUGUUUCCCUGCCCUAAAACAUGAGGGCUUAUUUUCCACCGUUGGUACAUGUCAUGUGUUAAGUUAAACAGUGCAUUCAGAAAGUAUUCAGAACCAUUGACUAGUUCCACAUUUUGUUACGUUACAGCCUUAUUCUAAAAUGGAUUCAAUAAAAAUGUUCCUC